AUGUUAGCGACUAGUCCAGCCUUCGAAUCUGAAAAUACAGAUGGUCUGAAUUUACUUCCCCUUUCUACUUUGUCCUCCUCGGUAACUACAUAUACAUUCGCCAAAAUUCAAGAAACAUAUCCACAAAGUUUUAUCCCGAAUUUAGUGCUGUCGAAUGAGUUUUGCGGGUGUCUGGCCGUUGGCUUACGGCAACGUAUCUUACCGCUACACAAAAUCGAAGUGUCUACAACUAUUGUUUCGGAAACCUUUAAAACAAUACUCAAGCAAACCUUUGUCAAUUCUGUGACAUUGGAAGAUGGCCAACUUUGCGCGUAUAAGUUCUCUAUUUACGACAGGGUCAGUGUUGUUGGGUUUAAGUGUAAAUUUGGCUCAGAUUGUCUCUACGGUUUCAUGAAGGAGAGGAAACAAGCAGAAAUCAUUUAUGAUGUUAUGGUAGCUAAGGGCGAUACCGCCGGCAUCAUCGUACAAGUUCCCGAGGGGCCCAAUUUUCUUGUCACAAGAAUUGGUCAUGUUCCGUUCGGAGAACGUGUUCAUGUCGAGAUCACUUAUGCUGGAGAGUUGAAACAAAAUAUCGAUUGCAUGCGCUUCAGAAUUCCAGCUUGGAUCACUCACUGCUAUGGCCUUAAAAGCUCCGCCAAGCAUCCAUCUACCGUUGAACCAGUCAAAAGUUCCAUCGAUCAUAUUACUGGCGAGAUUAAUAUCACAGUGGAUAUAAUAUUACCAAAAAGAAAACUGAUCAAAAGGGUUCAGUCUCCAUCGCAUAUGGUCGCGGUGUCCAUAGGAGCUGUUUCAACUGCCACUUAG